AUGACUCCACAACCAUUCGUUCCACCUACCAUGAACCAACCACACAACAUGGAUCCAAAACAAGGACACAUUCUCCAUAUGAAAAUUCACUGUGGACGAAAUCUGCCAAAAGCCGAUACCUUCGGAACCAUUGAUGCCUAUGCGGUCGUCCAUAUUCCUUUGUUGAAUACGAAUGAUGUUGGAAGCCUCUCUCGGGCCAUUCAUAAAACCAAAAUCAUUCCCAAUCAAGUGGAUCCCGUAUGGAAAUUCCGAAUCUAUCAACACGAUGUAGAUCUUUCCAAGAAUAUAGAAAUUCAAAUCUUUGAUCAUGAUUCCCUGAGUGAGAAUGAUUUGGUUGCAACUUGCGAAAUUCCACUGAGCGGCCAAUUAUUGGCAUCAGGUCCCAUCUAUAAGAAGGAAUUUGUCUUGAAUACGGUUGGAAAAUACAAGCCUUAUCGCUCUGGCUCUUCAAGUUCCAUUGUGGUCUCGUUGGGAAUUGGUAGCUCUCAUGAAACAGUCUGUACAAAACUCAUGACUAGCUUUCCAUCGAGUGUUAUCCAUCAAGAUGUGAUGAAGAAGAAUAUUGUGUUUCCUCUCGGAUUUUCUAACUUGUGUAUGAAGAUUUCCAUGAAGAAACAUUUGAAAAUUUCUGUGCUGGAUUGCAACCCAACGAGAAAUUUGGUGGUUCACUUUGAGAUUCCUGGACGGGAUUUUCGAUCCAAGAUGACCUUCCAUCAGACUCCAAAGAAUGUUCAGGGAUAUCAAAUGUAUAGACAAGUCAAGUUGAAGAAGCCUAUUAAUUUGUUUAAGGGUUAUUUCCCUUAUAUUAAAUUAGUGACUUCUCCGUUCGUUGUGGUGGAAAAUUGCAAGAUGAAUGAAAUUACAAAAAAACAUGGAUGGACUGGCAUGUUAGAUUAUAGUACGGCUAAGAAAACACUUCAUAAUAUUAUCCCUGAUGAUCGUCACGAAAAUAUUUACAUGAUUGAACCUUAUUAUUACCUUAAAUGUGAUUGGGAUUCUUCAAAUUCUGACCAAAAGGUUGGUAUAUUGGAUCCCUAUCGUUCUCAGGGUUAUCACGUUGAAAUUACACACAAGAACAAGUCAGGAAGUGAAAUUGAAUAUUAUGCUGCUCCAAAACGUUUGCUAGAAACUCAACAUUAUUGUGGAGCUUGUUCUGAGGUCAAUGAUUUGAGUUAUCCAGUGCUCCACUCAGACAUUAACAUUUUACUUUUGAAAAAGACUCAACCUGUGUGUUAUGAUUUGUUUACUUUCGCUCCGGUCUUGUAA